CACAGUGAGCCAGUGUACAGACACGACUACCAAUGCUGACUGUGUAGUAAAACUGGAAAAACUGUCCGAAGAUCCUAUUCAAGUGGUAGGUGACAGUAACUGUGUUGACGACUCGGAUGAUGGAUUCAUUGGAGCCACAACGAUGGAGUAUCAGUUCAAUGUGUUGUCCAAAGACACAGCGCAAACUUUGUGUAGUCAGUUACAGUUGGAGUACAGGAAACAUGGAGAUGUCCUCAGUGGAUCGAUUGGUGCCCUCGGUGUCCCGUGCACAACUGACAAAAUUGUUGGUGAUGGCAACUGUUUUUUCCGCGCUUUAUCACAAGUGGUGUGUGGCAGCCAAAACUCCCAGCUCAUGUUCAGGCGUAAGAUCGUUAAACACAUGAUGUGCAACGAGGAGCACUUUAAUAGUUUGGUCAGAGAAGAGUACUCCAAUAGUUUGAAGGACUAUUUGGAUAAAUCCAAAAUGACUCAAUCAAACACCUGGGCAACAGAGGUAGAAAUCCACGGUGCUGCAAACCUUCUUGGAUUAGAUAUCUACACACACAUCGAUGACCACUGGUUGAAAUACAGCUGUUCAGGCCGAAAAAUUUCAGAGCAGGGCAUUUAUUUGAAAAAUUGCAAUGGAAAUCACUAUGAACCAGUUGUGUGCACAAAGAAUGGGAAUUCAUUGGAAUGUCAUAAUUUGUGUAACAUUCAGCCAACGUGCUACGCAAAACCAAUGCUAACAAGGAAUGCUAGUAGGGCCAAUGCUGAGAAAAAGAAUGGCAAUGAUAUGUCUGAGACAAAGUCCACAGAGAUUGACAGCUCUUGUUCAAGUAAGAGUAGUUCUCGACUUCGAACAGAUUCAAAACAUAUUACAAAGAAUAAAAGGUUCUCUGAAAAAAGGAAGUAUGAGGAUACAGAAUUUCGACACAUUAAGAACAGGGCAUCGGUUGACACAUAUCAUGAUAAUGACAAAUACAAUAUCAGCUUGAAUAAAGCCAGCAAGAAUAAAUAUAACGACAAUGACGAGCAUAGAGCAGCUGUGUGUGAAGCUAGCAAGCAGAAAUAUACCAACAAUGAGGACCAUAGACUUGCUAAAUGUGGAGCUAGCAAGAAAAAGUAUUUCACAAACACGAACCAUAGAGUGUCAUUGCAACUGGCUAAUAAAAACAAAUCCAUUCAGGCAAAACGCAAUAAGCGUUCCUUUGAUUUUGUUUUGAAACUGUUUAAUGACACCAUAAAGAACGGUCCUGAUUUUGUGUGUUGUUCCUGCCUUAGUCUUCGUUUCAGAAAGCAAGUGGUAAUUUGCAAGCGCAGUAGAUACCAGAGAAACGAAGCCACAAGGACUGCAGCCGCACGAUGUAUCACAGAAGAGUAUUUGCACAAAUGUGAUAAUUGUGAAACGCCCUGCAAAUUGCUAAAGUCGCCAAUGGGAAAGUUAUGGAUCUGCCGGGAUUGCCAUGGCAAAAUACUUCGAGGUCAAAUGCCACAACUGUGCGCUGCUAAUAACUUGCACUUGCAUCCGAUACCUUCAGAAUUGAGUUGUCUGAAUAUUAUAGAGAUGCAGUUAAUCAAGAUGCACAUCCCUUUUAUGAAAGUGGUGUGCUUACCGAGAGGUGCACAAAAUGGUGUGCAUGGACCAGUGACAUGUGUUCCAGCAAACAUUACUGCCACAACGCAUGUUUUGCCAAGGACCAAUGAAGAUGGGAUUCUCUUGAGAGUCAAACUGAAACGCAAAUUGUCACACACGGGACAUUAUUUAUACCAAUAUGUCAGUAUCGAUCGAAUAAGGAGAGCGUUGCAGUGGUUAAAAAGGACAAACCCUUAUUACGCUAAUGUAGACUUCAAUGACGAUUGGUUAAAUCAAUAUGAACAAGACCUCGACGAAGAGCAUACUGUUGAUGACGUACAGCCUGAUGAGACAUGUCUUGAAGAGGAAACUUUACAUGAUCGCCAGACUCAUGGCAUGUUCAUGGAUACAUGCCUUCAGCCAGUGGACCUAGGUCAGGACAUUUUAGACCAUUGCGAUACAACGCUUAACAUUGCACCUGCUGAGGGUAACAAUCCAGUUCUAGUUCUUUGUGAUGAAACCAACGAGGCCAAAAGUUUCCCUGGCCUUUUCCCAUUGGGAAGUCCGACAUAUCACGAUUUCAGAAACAACAAGGUGACUUUGGCCAGUUACUUUAAGAACCGAAUCAUGCAUGCGGAUGGCAGGUUUUCACGCGAUUCAGAUUAUAUAUUCUACGCUCAGUACAUGACUGAAGUACAGAAGGUGUCGUCGUGCAUUUCCAUCGCUUUACGGAAAGGACAUUCAGGGGGAAAUACAGGUAAGAUUUCAGCGAACAUGGUAAACGACACUGAUUCUCUGAAAAGACUUCUUCAAUCGAAUGAAGGAUACCGAUUUCUGAAGCCAAUUCGUGGCACACCCGCUUUUUGGGCUGGUGCCCAAAAGGAUUUGUUUGCAAUGGUCAGGCAGAUUGGGUUGCCCACUUUCUUCUGUUCCUUUUCAGCUGCUGACAUGAGGUGGAAGAAUUUAUUGACCAGCAUGAUGCUUCAAGAGGGUAGGUGUGACAAUGUGGACGAUUUGGACUGGAAUGACAAAUGUGGUCUUUUGCGUCGCAAUCCUGUAACGGCUGCACGCAUGUUUCAACACAGAUGGGAAACCUUUUUGAAAGAUGUCAUACGAUCACCAAGUCAGCCAAUUGGGAAAGUGGUAGAUUACUUCUAUCGUGUUGAGUUUCAACAGAGAGGGAGUCCUCAUAUACAUGCCAUUUUCUGGAUUGAAGACAGCCCACAAAUUGAUCGAGACACUGAUGAGGAGGUGGUGCAGUUUGUAGACAAGUACAUUUCUUGUGAACUUCCAGAAGACGAUGAGCUACUUGAGGAAAUGGUGUCAACUGUGCAAACGCAUAGUAAAAGACAUUCAAAAUCGUGUAGAAAGAAAAACACCGUGUGUCGUUUCAACUUCCCACGACCACCGAGUGAACGGUCCUUUGUUUCCAGGGUAGGGAAAACGGAUAAGUCGUGUUCACAACAGGAAGGCGUCGGCAACCAGAUGACGGAAGAACAGGCACGUAAGAUCAUGUCCACGGUCAAAGAGGCAGUCACUGAUGAGACGGCUACUUUCACAACAGUCUCAGAGCUGUUUGGAAGUCUGGGUAUUAACCAGGAGCAGUUUGAAUCUGCAUUUGAAUGCAUUGGUAAGAAAACCCAGGUUGUACUGAAGCGCAAACCUACAGACGUAUGGGUGAAUCCAUACAAUAAACGUUUACUUAGCGCUUGGAAUGCUAACAUGGACAUUCAGUUUGUAGCAAAUGCAUAUGCCUGCAUUGUGUACAUUAUUUCAUACAUCGCAAAAGCUGAACGUGAAAUGGGAUUACUGCUCAGCAACGCUCAACGAGAAGCGACAAAGGAGGGAAACACGGAUGCCAAAAAGUCCUUGCGAAAGUUAGGCAGCGUUUAUCUGCAUAAUCGUGAUGUUUCUGCACAGGAGGCCGUUUACAGAUUGACCCAGAUGCAUUUAAAACAUAAUUCCCGAUCGGUUCACUACAUUCCAACAGGAGAUAACGCAACGCGUAUGAGUCUGCCCCUAAAGGAACUAAAACGUAGGGCAGAUUCAAACACUCUCACAGACAACAACAUGUGGAUGACCAGUUCUGUGGAUAGGUAUUUGGCUAGACCAAAUGAAGACAUAUUUCAUCGGAUGUGUUUAGCUACAUUUGUGUCGGAAUACAGAGUUCUGUCGAAAAACCAGACUUCUGUUAAUAGAGUGAAACUAGGCAAGGACCUAGGAUUCGUCCUGAAAAAGACUAAGGGAAAACCUGCAGUGGUGCGCUAUGUGCAGUUUUCACAUGACACGGAUCCCGAGAAGUACUUCAGGAACAUCUUGCAGCUUUUCCUGCCUUACCGUGUGACUGAAGACUUAAAACCUGAAGGGUUUCAGACUUUCGAACAGUUUUACCAUAACGGUCAAUGGUUUCUAGACACUGUGGUUCACAGUGUUAAAACUACUGUUGAUGUAAACAGGCGAACAUUUGAGAAAGAAUCUGAAGUGAUGGAACAUUCUGACAAUGUUUCAGGACACACAGGUGCUCUUGAAGAUGCCUGGUGUGAAAUGUGUCCAGGGCAACAGUUGGAACGCUUGGAAUGUGAACAGGAAGUGAGGGAACGAGUGCCAGUUCCCGACGAACACACAGAUGCCAUUCCAGACUUGGCCGACGCUGGUGCAGGGGGAAAUCGUUUUGAUGCACAUGGAAACAUUAUGUGUAGAUCGGAUGCACUUAAUCUUCUCAGAUCUCUGAAUGUCAAACAGAGAGAGAUCUUUUAUCAAGUUAGACAAUGGUGCAUUGAAAAGGUAAAUGGCACGAACCCAAAACCCUUCAAUGUGUUUGUUACAGGUGGUGCUGGGACUGGGAAAUCGCACCUCAUUAAAGCAAUCCACUAUGAAGCAUCUAGGUUGCUGUCACAAGUUGCAAGUUCACCUGAUAAAGUGUCUGUGUUGUUAACUGCCCCUACUGGCAUUGCUGCUUAUAGUUUAGGAGCCAGCACAAUACAUAGCACAUUUUCUAUAGGGUUGGAUGUCAAACCUCCCUACACGCCGUUAGGAGAGGAAAGGGUCAGUACCUUACGUGCUGAAUUGAGCGAUCUGCAGAUCCUGGUGAUUGAUGAGAUUUCAAUGGUGAAUCAUAACUUGCUAGCCUAUGUUCACGGUAGACUUAGGCAGAUUAAGCAAAUUAGUGAUCACUCACCAUUUGGAAAAGUCAGCGUCAUAGCUGUCGGCGACUUUUUCCAACUCAAGCCAGUUCAAGGCAAAUCCUUGUAUUUGGAGAACAUGCUAUGCGAUUUCUGGACUGAACAAUUCUCCAUUGCUCAUUUAAACACCGUUGUACGUCAACAGGACACUGUCUUUGCAGAACUGUUGAACAGGUUGCGUACACGAGCUAAGACCACGGCGCUCGUUGCCAGUGACAUAGCUAUCUUGAAAAAGUGUGAAACCGGGGAAAGCACUUCAGCGUUGCAUAUUUUCGCAACAAAUGCACAAGUUAAUGACCACAAUAUCAGACAGUUGUCAGCAUCAUGUCCAGAGAACCUUUGCGUGGAGGCACUGGAUUAUGAGAAGAAUCAACAAUCCGGCCGCAUGGAAUUGAAAAGAGGACACUUCAGAAAUGUGUACAAAUCCUAUUUACCUGAAAGGUUACCGUUGGGAAAGGGUGCACGAGUGAUGUUGAUCAAAAAUAUUGAUGUGUCUGACGGCUUGGUAAACGGAGUCUGUGGGAAUGUCGUAGACAUUGUCAACAAUAUCCACAACACAUUUGUGAGCACUGUGUUUGUGAAAUUCGAUGACGAAAAAGUGGGUACUAACAGAAGGAAGCGUUUCCCUUCAACUAGUGGCAACCCUUUGGCUACUCCCAUAAACAGAGAUGACGAAAGGAUACGCAAGGGAAAAUUGCGUAAACAGUUUCCUUUGAAACUAGCAUGGGCUUGCACAAUCCACAAGGUGCAAGGGUUAACUGUUGACAAAGCAGUCGUUUCGCUUAAAAGAAUCUUUGAGUCAGGCCAGGCAUAUGUUGCUUUAAGCCGUGUCAAAACCUUAAAUGGGUUGACAAUUGAGGACUUUAAAGACAGCGCCAUAUAUUGCAAAGAGAAUAUUCAGGAUUCCCUUGAUGGCAUGCCGCCGUUUGUAUCCUGUGCUACUACACCCUCACAGGGAACACACUCAUUCUCCAUAUUCUCAAUGAAUGUACAAAGUUUAGACAGACAUUUACCUGAUCUAACGGUGGCAAUUCAGCCAUUUGAUUACAGUUGUGUGGCUGUAACGGAAACAUGGUUAACUGAAACUGUUGCAAAUCACACUGCACGGAUUGAGAAAUAUACGUUUCACAGUGUGCCACGUUGCAAGGCGUACAACUCAACUGACGCUGUUUUGAAAACAAUUAAAGACCAACAACAAGGGGGAGUUGGUAUAUAUUGUCAAGACCAGUUAGAGUACACCAUUUUGGAUAUUCCAAAUGUGAAUUUAGAAUGUAUUGCCUCGCAUUUCACCAGGGAGAAUGUGAUCGUUGUGGUUGUUUACCGCCCACAAACAUAUCCAUUGCCUCUGUUCAAACUAAACAUGAAGCUGUUGACCAGUUUCUUAAAUACUAGGUCAGACAACGUUGUCAUUUUGGGAGACUUCAACCAUGAUCAGCUCAAGUCAUUGUCAAUGUCAUCCUUCAUGGAACAACUAGGUUACUUGCAGUUGGUAUCCGAACCCACAACAGAAAAGGGAACAUUGAUCGAUCACGUAUAUGGAAAACAAACAAGUAAGUAUCUCACAGAAACGAAGGUUAUCCCGAUGUAUUUCAGUACUCAUGAGGCAGUUCAAUGUUUAUUAACAAAGAACACCUGAGCUUCAACUAUUUCAUUGUGUAACUGACAAAGGACACGAGCGGUAGUUUUGGUUGUGUGAAGACGGCGGAAGGCGGGGAGAGACAUUCACGU